CGUACAUGAAGAUUUGUCAGCUCUUUUGAUCGAGCGUAUUCUUUCUUUCUCGUCCGAGUGGAAAGGAAGACAUGUGACGAUUCGAGGUAAAGACCACACCUAUAAAGUAGGUGAUCCUUGUCUUUCUAUAUGAAGUGAGUAGGAAAGUGUUUUACCACCUACGUUGAUGAACAAGUUGUGUUUUUCCACUCCAUCAUAAACCCUUUUCCCUAUACUCAACCUUACUUACAGCUUUGAGCGUGAAACAAAAGGGGGAUCACAACGCAACACAUCAUAUCAUACCACAGCCUCUCUCAAAAAAAAAAAUAAAAAAAAUGGAAACAACAAAAGUUGCACUCAUCUUUGGUGCAGGUCCAAACAUAGGUCGACAUGUCGCCGACGCUCUAAGCGAAAAGGGUUACAAAGUUGCAUUGGCAUCACGAACGAAUCAUGGAACGGACCAGUACAAAAGAAAUCAAAUUCACAUUCCCAUCGACUUGACGAGACCCGAAAAUGUUCCUGGUGUGUUUGAUCAGGUCAAGAAUGAAUUUGGUACAUUUCCUUCCGUGGUGGUUUACAAUGGAGCCCUACGUAUCCCAAACGACCCGGAGGACCCGUUGAGUUUGUCUUCAUUCAAGAUUCAAGAUUACAACUCCAGUAUGUCGGUCAACACCACUUCGGUCCUCUUGGCUUUGCAACAUGCGGUGGCUGGAUUUCGCACCCUUCCUGCUUCCGCGACGAUCAAAACCUUCAUCUUCACCGGCAACGUCCUCAACUUGGUCACCGUCCCUGGGGUACUUACUUUUGGCAUCACAAAGUCGGCCACCGCUUAUGCAAUUCGAAGUUUGGUGGAUACAAAGGUUUACCAAAAGGACGGUAUAAGGUGUGUAUUACUUACUAGUAGACUCCCCUGUCACCUUUACCGACGUCGAACCGAAACCUUUCCCUUCCCCCCCUUUACAGAGUAUAUAUACCUCGGGCAGAUUCACAUCGCAAAACACUGACCAUCUCUAUUUACUUUACUUUUGUUUCUAGAUUUUACUACGCAGAUGAACGUGCCGAGAAUGGUGGUCCGGUGUUCUUGGACAUCGAUGGACCUGCCGCGGCAGUCGAGUAUUUGGGUCUGAUUGAGCGAAAGGAUCAAGGUCCUUGGUUGCACACUUACAUCAAAGGGAAAGGGUACAAGGAUUUUGGUGACAAGCCUUGGAAGCCUCAACAGUAAGGUACCUACCUAGGUAGUUGCCAGCUAGAUCUGUACCGACUACAGGCAAAACGACGAUGAACACAUGAUACCGCAAAAAAAGAAAAAACAAACAAAGAAAGGAAAGGUGGCACAUGACGAUUUUUGAUUGUGUGCCAUUUCUUCUGAUAGAAACCUUGAUCAUUCUGCCUAUCAAGUAUCAGGUAGUUAAUGACACUUCGGGCAUUUCUUUGAUAAGAUCAUUCCGAAUACACCCCAGUGAGCUCUUUUUUCUUCUUUUCUGUGCCCGGCACGCAUAUGCUUCAAAUGUCCAUGCUAGUCGGGCAAAAGCCUAAACGACAUGCAGAUUGUUGAAGACCAGUAGAAAGGCGGAUUCAACGACCAUUGGUAGGAGUCCAGAUGUUGUCACAGAGGUCGAGAGACUGUACAAUCUUCUCAACCCUUUUGGCCUCACCAAGCGCCAGUUGAGAACGUAGCAGGGCCGUCAUCAAAGCCACCACCGCCGCCACCGCCUUGCUCCCAAUCAGCCUGUGCAGAACCGCCGGUAUCGUUGGUCUCCCAACCACCACCAUUGUCCGCGUCGCCAUUUGGAGCAUGGUUCUCCUUACCGCCGCCGUUGUCGUCCUGAGCCUGGGGGCAUCUACCGCGACCAUGACCCUUUUCGUGACUGCGAUGAAAGUUAGCAACUGACAAAAUAUGGCGGCUCCAAAAUUCAUCGGCUUACCAGACACUGCAAGUGACUUCGGCCCAGUUGAUCUUCUUGCGUGGUUGCUCACACUCUCUAGAGACGUGGCCUUCCUCACCGCAGUUGUGGCAGG